AUGAAUUCCAAAGAUAAAAGCCCGAAAAGACAGACUACCAAGGCCCCGAUAGGGACAGUUUCCAUCUCAGGGAGGCCUCUAGCGGUCUUGAAAUGGGGUGCCUGGGGGCCCCCAUCGGUGCUUCGGUUUCACCCUCCGCUCCUGCGCCCGCAGGUUCUUCCGAGACGCCAGAGCACCCAUCCCGAGACCGCCGCCGCCUUUUCUUGCCCAAUCCACUCCAGCAGGAGGAUUCGUUGCGCCCUAAAAGGGGGUUCCACCACCCAACGAGGCCGCCGCGUUGAUCUUUUGGGGGAUCUUUUCGAGAAUGGCCCAAAAUCACUUCCACCUCCCCCUCGCCACGCGAACCGUCGUCGGGUUCGCGGGGAAAAGCAAGGCACUCCACGACCGCGUCGCGGCAUUUUAAAAAAGGGUUUUUCCUGCCUCGCUAAGGAUCAGGCAUCGUCGAGCGGAAUGGCGGCGGACAACCUCGCCGACAACCCUAUUGAUCCACCUCCUUCCCAAAGAAAGAACAGGGUGGGGGGGGAAAGUUUCGUGGAAAUCUGUCGGUCGUGGUCAAUUUCGAAUGUUUCCGAGGAAACCUGUGAACCUAUCGAGGUGAUCUCAUCGAUUUCCCCUACGGAUUUCGUGUUUUCGCGCGAUUUGAUCUCGGAUGACAUGGGCGGUUCUGUAAUUUCGGCAGAAAUCGGGGGAUCUCUCCCUGUGGAUGAGCGCAGCGAGGCGGGGACGCCUCCGCUCGACUCCCUGCCCGAGAACGCCGUCAACGAAUACCAUCGCCAAAUAUCUAACGCCCGCAUUGAUGAUCGAACGUCUAUUCUUUCCUUCAAAGGCAAAACGAUGUUUUCUGCGUUUUCCGAUCACACUGGCAGGCCCCUUAAUUUUCUUCUUGGUGCGAGAAUUCAUGGAUUUCCGUGGAGGGCCUUACCAUUUGAGGGAAAUUACACAGCCGCAAUUGGGGAUUUAUUCGAUGUUUUGUUAAAGAGAGAUGAGGGGCGACCCUACGAAACGCGAACACCUAAACUAUCGUGGCCUAGCACUGUGGACUCCAACGAUUAUUAUGAGAAGCGUUUAGUACCUCUGCAGUACUCAAUUUUAUUCAGUUUGAGCGAAUCCAUAGGGCUUCCGUUAUGUUUAUUAGCUUCUGAGCAAGGUCUGACUUGA